AUGGUAUUAUCAGACUCUCUCUUUUGUCCAGUAGGAUCCGCCUCCUACCUUUCAGGUUCAGCUAUUUCACUCGACCCUGCUACCCUAACUCGGGACCUCCAUGAGAAGAUCGUGCACCGUGAAAAUGAACUGCAGUUGAUUGAGCAAGAACUGGAGGAGAGUCGCAGCGAGCGGGGCCAAAAGUUUCGGGAGCUAAAGAAGCGAGAACAGCAGAUGGAAGAGUUUUUCAAAACCUUUAAUGACAUCAAGGUUAUUGAGAUGUCACAUCUCAGCGAACUGGAGGGCAAGAUCAUGCAAACUCUGGAGGUGACCGCACGUUACCUGGUUAACGCCGAACAGACCCCUAGCCUCGUGAGUUCGAUCACGGCUGCCUCAAGUGCCACCUUAGCCGUGGGUGAAACUGGUGGACAGCCCGAAUUGGAUGUGAAACGAAUGAAAGAGCAGGCAAAUUUUAAAUCGGCCGAAUUCACCAAAUCGGAGGCAACUGCUGCCGGUCUACUCGUCGAUCACGCCCGUCUGACGAAGGAUUUGGCCAAAGUUGACAUGCUGGAGAAAAAGAUCUCUCAGGCGAGUUACCCCUUUUCAAAGUUUGCUUUUUGA